CAGCAACAACAACAUAACAUCGCAUGAUAGCAACGGAUAUCCCGACGGUCAUGCUUGAUAAGCGCAACGAUAGCGAAGCCAUUCGCCCCAUCUACUGUCACCGUCCAUGGGCGAUUGAUUGAAACAUUGCAGAAGGAAGUCGUCGAGAGCUAACCGCAGCUUCCCCGCUUACGUCGAUCACGACUGCCUGUAAACAAAGGGCAGGCUUCGAUCAAACGGAUCGCAUUGGUUUGAGCGUUUGUUCGGCAUAUCCGGCAGCCUUGCGCUGGCAGAGUGAGGCUCUGCGUUGUCACAGGGAAAAGUGGAGGUGGUGGAUCAGUAUACCUUGCCAACAUCCAUGGAUGAUCGCGAACGACAGAGGAGCAUGUCGCUCAUACCGUACCUGCCAGCAGAGUCGCGGGAGAUUGUUCUGCGCCAUGGUUCCGCAGUUGUCGUCUAUGAUCAGCGUUCCAAGCAGCUCUCCCUCCGCGAUGCCUCCAAAUCCACCGCCCUAGACGAAACAUCCUGCCCAUACUGCCACCGAGCUUACCGCGACGCCUCACCACACGACACCGACGAUGACGAGCAUCCGCAUUCACCGGGCGAACCUGGUCUGGACCAUGGGUUCGUCAACCCCGGGUACUUCCAGAUGCUGCGCGGUAGUCAGCCCAGCUCCACAGCAGGCUCGCGUCCACCGUCACCGCACAAACAGCUAGGGCCUGCGAUAACUCGAGAACCACAUGCCGAGUUUCAUGCACCGGAAGGAGCGGAGUUCGUGGGUAGCACGCCUAUGCCUCCAAGGAAUCAGGGCAUAUCUGCGAGAGCGUUCAGCCCCAACUACUUCAAGACAUUCUUUGUCGAGGAGAGAGAGCUUGGAAGAGGCGGGAAAGGAGUGGUCCUCCUCGUACAGCAUGUCUUGGACGGGGUGCAGCUGGGCAAAUUCGCUUGUAAACGAGUGCCUGUCGGCGACGAUCACGAGUGGCUCGAGAAAGUCUUGAUUGAGGUGCAAUUACUGCAGAAUUUAUCGCACCAGAAUCUCGUUUCGUACCGACAUGUUUGGCUCGAGGACUACCAGAUCAACACCUUCGGUCCAAGUGUCCCAUGUGCCUUCAUCCUGCAGCAGUACUGCGAUGGAGGAGACCUACACGGUUACAUCUUGGACUCUGCGAAGACAACAAUUACAAAGGAUCAGAUGAAGGAGCGCCUAAGACGAAGGUCGAAGGGACAGAUGGAGGAGCCGGAGGACAUGCUUGGGCCACGGCGCAUGCAUUUCGAAGAGAUUAUCUCGUUCUUCAAGGACAUUACGUCUGGGCUGAAUCAUCUUCACGCGAACGGCUACAUCCACCGCGACCUGAAGCCCAGCAACUGCCUUCUGCACCGCGACAAAUAUGGUAUGAAGGUCUUGGUGAGCGAUUUCGGCGAAGUGCAAUCAGCGAACGUUGCAAGGAACUCGUCUGGGGCCACAGGAACCAUAUCAUACUGCGCACCUGAGGUCCUUAGGCAGGAACGACCAGGCGGACCGUAUGGGAACUUCACCACCAAGUCAGACAUCUUCUCCCUUGGCAUGAUCGUCUACUUCAUGUGCUUUGGGCGCCUGCCAUACAGGAAUGCGGACGGCAUCGAUGAAGACAACGAAGAUCUGGAUCAGCUGCGCGCCGAAAUCUCAACUUGGGCAGGUAUCGACGACGAACAGCGCGUGCGAUCUGAUCUGCCUGAGAAGCUGUACAGAUCACUGAAGCGUCUACUCGCGCUGAAUCCAGACGAACGCCCAGCGACCGAGGAGAUUUUACAUGUCCUCAAGUCACCAUCCGUCUUCGAUGAGUUCAAUGCCUACGCCGGCCCAUCAGGUAUGGACGACUUCGGCCCUCGUAUAUCUCGUGCAGACACACCGAGCCCCGGGCCUGCUCAGAUGACUAGGAAACGGAACUCAAUGAAUCAAUACACAAGGCCGGGUCGUUCCAACCUGGGCGCAUCGGUGAUGGAGCGCUCACCGAGCCCGCCACCUGCCCAGCUCACGCGAAGGACGAGCUCGGAAGAGGCGGCGGUGGUUCUGAGGUCGAAGAAGUUGGAGCUUCCAAGGCCGGAAGAGGUCAUUCGGACGCCCACUCCGCAACGGCUUAUGCUUCCACCGCCGCCGCCAGAGAGUCAAGGUCGGCUCAGCCAGUAUCGCAGUCGCGCGUUCAGCAUCUUCGAGAACCCAGCUACAGCCAGCGUGGUCAGAGUCAUUAUCUUGUUUGUGAAGGUAGUCAGCUUGUUCGGUCCCUGUCAGCCAUUUGCUGCAGAGUCUUGGGCGGCAUACUCAUUGCUCGGUCUAGCAUCCUUAGAUUUUCUGUACCCGCACGUAGUAAUUCUACCGCAGACUCGGCGGUGGUACCCUGGAGGGCUGGCGGGGAGUGUGGUAUUGAUAUUGGUGCAUACAGCGAUUGUAGCGGUGCUUUGGAGGAACGGUAGGCUAUGUGCUAGAAGCAUUACCUGGGAUCAGUUUUGAGCGGGAGUAGACAGGUACAGAGAAGCGACGAGGUAAGAACAGC